AUGCAUUCUGACGUGCUUCAGGAGGGAGCAACUACGAUCCUGCUGCGUUCCUUGCCUGCCCAGACAAGCAUCACGAGCCUCAUGGAGCUGAUGGGCGAGAGUUUUGUGGGCGCCUACGACUUCCUCUACCUGCCGCACUGCGCCCGCCAGCCCCGGCGCAUCGUGGAGCUGGCCUUGAUCAACUUCGUGGACCACUCCUUCGCGGCGGCGGCCUGGGAGCUGUUCCUGGCGCAGGUGGCGCGGACGCCGUCCUGGACGCGCACCAGGAUAAGCCAAGCGCAGGUCCAAGGCCUCGGCCCGAACGUGGCCUACUUCUUGCUGCGCUUCGGGGCGGAGGCGGUGGACGCCCCGGACGCCCCGGUGGUCUUCCACCGGGGCCAGGCGGCGAGUCUGCGGCGCCUGGCGCAGAGCGUGGGCGAGGAGGCCUUGGAGCGCGCGGCCUUGGUGCUGCGGACGCAGAUCAAAGACAUCCGGCGGCCGGAGUAUGUGAUAUUCACGGACCAUUGGACGUGUCAAGAUACAGAGGAGCUCCUUCGGAGAGUCCGCGCCCAUGAGAAUGUCCACGGCUAUGUGAUGUUCAGAGUCUGA